AUGGAUGUGCACGCACAGCUACAGUCCGUCUGGACACAUAUAAUCACCACACACAAGCCAGGGACCAUCGAAAUCAUGGGUAGCAUCUUGUCCCAGAUCGUCGGGUUCAUUCUCCCAGCAACCAUCUACAUGCUGAUCGAUACUCUGUUCCCGAAAUUCUCACAGCGCCAUAAAAUCCAAGGCGCCCGCCGCCAGCCAACGCGUCAGCAGAUCCAGCAUUGCAUCAAGGUCUCCCUCUUCAACCACAUCUGGAUCGUGGCUCUACAAUAUAUCAUACUCUACUUGCGAGGCUUCGACCACCCAAUCCUAAACAUGGAUCCGAUCGUGCCUUCUCUGAAGAUAUUCAUCGUGGAUUUCGUCUUUGGCCUGCUCGCGCGGGAAGUUUCAUUCUACUACGUCCACCGUGCCCUCCAUCACCCUAGAAUCUACGUCUACAUCCACAAGAUGCACCACAAAUACAUCACCCCCGUCGCCUUUGCAGCCGAGUACGCGCAUCCAGUGGAACACCUUCUUGCCAAUGUUUUGCCGAUUGCGAUCCCGCUAUACUUCAAAGGGGCGCAUUUCCUAUCCAUCAUGGCCUUUGGCCUGUUUGAGCUGUGGGAAGCAGCAGCAGACCAUAGCGGCUAUGACUUUCUGAAACUGCCACCGGCGGAACUACAUGAUCUCCAUCACGAGAAGUUUCGUGUCAACUAUGGCACUAUUGGCUUAAUGGACUGGAUCCAUGGGUCUGAUUUUGUGGGAUGGGAUCGGGCCAAAGUGAAGAAGGUGAAGAUCACGGAAUGA